CCACGCGUUUCAUUUGAAUUUCUACAACUUCUCAAUCUUUCUCUUGUACUUCCCCUCGCUUCUAAUGCCUCUGAACUUAUAGAGGAACAUCUGUCACUACUGUAGGAUUUUUCACUUUACAUACUGACUUUUUUAGACGAAGAAUGAAGCCGUACCGCUUGGUAGUGCUAUUUGCCUUGGCUUCGCUUUGCUUGUCUGCGUGGCUUCAUUUGGGCUUGUGUGACACCGACGCACCCGAAGCCGAAGUUGUCGACGACGAACCAGAAGUGGACGUAGAAACCGAAACAGAAGAAAAAGGCAAAGCAGAGACUAAAAAAUCCUCCGAACCCGAGGAAUACACACCGCCUGUCGUAGCUUUGGAAGACGAGAGUUCUGUAUUCCUUGCCGAACCAUUCGCCGAUCGCAAUGUCUAUGAGCGAAGAUGGAUCAAGUCGCAGGCUAAAAAGGAUGGUGUUGACAUAGCUAUUGCCAAGUAUGAUGGUGAAUGGGCAUUUGAAGAACCCAGUGCUAAACUAUUCAAGGGGGAUCUUGGACUUGUUCUCAAGUCACGUGCACGACACCAUGCCAUAGCUGCACACCUUGACAAGAAGUUUGACUUUACUGACAAGCCUUUUAUUGUCCAGUAUGAAGUCAAGUUCCAGCAACCUAUGGAAUGUGGAGGAGCCUAUUUGAAACUGCUUUCGGAUGGACAAGGUUUUAAGCCUGAAUCCUUUGGUGAUAAGACCCCAUACACCAUCAUGUUUGGUCCUGACAAGUGUGGUGAAGACAGAAAGUUGCACUUCAUCUUCCGCCACAAAAACCCAAAGAACGGAACAAUUGAAGAGAAGCAUGCAAAGAAACCCACUGGCAACUAUAACAGUGUCUUUGACGGCAAGAAAACUCACCUGUUCACCCUAGUAGUCCGCCCUGACAACACCUUCGAGGUGUUUAUUGAUCAGGAGAGUGUAAACAAGGGCAGUCUCCUCGAGGACAUGACCCCGCCCGUCAACCCUCCUGCUGAGAUUGAGGACCCUGAUGACAAGCGGCCUGAAGAUUGGGAUGAGCGUGAGAAAAUCCCUGAUCCAGAUGCCGAGAAGCCUGAUGACUGGGAUGAGGAUGCGCCUGUCAAGAUACCUGAUGCAAAUGCUAAGAAACCUGAAGGCUGGCUGGAUGAUGAGCCUGAGUAUGUUCCUGACCCUAACGGCAUCAAACCUGAAGACUGGGAUGAUGAAGAAGAUGGAGAAUGGGAAGCCCCUCAGAUUGCUAAUCCUAAAUGUGAAAAGGUCGGUUGUGGAGAGUGGAAACCACCCAUGGCCGACAACCCUGAGUACAAGGGCAAGUGGAGCGCACCACUGAUUGACAAUCCGAACUACAAGGGAAUCUGGAAGCCACGCCUUAUCCCUAACCCCCACUUCUUUGAAGAUAAGGAGCCAUUCAAGAUGACUUCAAUUGUGGGCGUUGGCCUGGAGCUGUGGUCCAUGACUUCUGACAUCCUGUUUGAUAACGUCAUUGUCACAAACGAUAAAGCUGUUGCUGACAAGUGGGCACAGGACAGCUGGCUCAAGAAGAAUGUUAAAGAAACUUACGGAGCUAGCAGUGAAGGCGGAGUUAUAAGUGGUCUGAUGGAGGCAACCAAUGAGAGGCCAUGGCUGUGGGUGCUGUUCGUCAUUGUCAUCAUCCUCCCAUUUGUUCUCAUUGCCGCAUGCUGCUUCCCAGGCGGAAAGAGUGAUAAUAAGAAGAAGACUGACGAACCUACCGAGGACGUUGCCGAAGAUGAGGGUGAAGAUGAUGCCAAGGGGGAGACCAAGGAGGAAGAUAAUGAAGAACCGAGAGAUGAAGUGGACGAGGAAAAUGAUAAGGAAACUCCUGAAGAAAAGGAAGACGAAGAUGCGAAAAAGGAACCUGAAAAAGAAGAGACCCCGGGGCGGACAACGCGUCGUCGUGCUGCAAGGAAAGAUAACUAGUCCCAGGCUCGGUCUCCGAGGCGUCAUGUGUCUUGCCCUCCUCCCCCGCACCAGCAACUGUAGCACCGCUGACCACUAUGACGUCACUAGAGGCCGCCAGACAGACUUGUCUUGUGAAACGUUCUGUUUGAGGUCGAAGGUGUUGGAGUUUAGUAAUCUUGCAGUUUUACUUGGUUUCUUAUCGCCUUCAUCUAAAACGAUUGCUGGGUAUUCGGGACAAAGAGCUCCAGAGACAUGUUAUCAGGGUUAUUUUGUAGAACGUUUUGUUUGUCGUUUGCCGUGUCUUUGUUUGGCUAUUACCACAGGGGGGGUGAACCCUAUACUUUAGAUUUGAUUUCCCCCCCCCGUACCUAGGAGACGUGGUCGUUAGGUAUGCCUUUCAAUUUUUUUAUAAACUAUAAACAGAAAAUUAACUGGACUCGCGGAGACGUGAUUUGAAACAUAAGGUAGUGGAUAUUAUUUUAGUAAUUGAUCGGGUAUUCCUAUUAAUUGUUAAUGGAAUGUUUUCUGAACGUGUACACCUUGAGUGUGUUUAUCAUGUCACAAACCAUCAAACGAAAUAAAUGGACCAUUCCUUUUAUAAAAUCAAUGACGGUACCGAACUCGAUGCAAUGCUUCUCUGUUAGUCUGAAAGCGCUUUGUGUCACAUAAUUUAUAGCAUUGUUUUCUAAGAUACGCUCUUGUUCUGUGAACUUUUGUUCAACAAAUACGUAUUUCCUUUUUUAAUAUUUUUUUUUGUCGAGUAUUGUUGAGGUCCAAAGGUUAUCAUCUAGGCUAGUGUGUUUUCGUAGUAGCACUAUUUCGUCACGUAGUACAGGUAUUUAGUCCAACUGUACACAUUUUAUUCCGGCGUUGAUCCGUAAUGUGUUUCAAAUAAAUUUUUCAUUGAUAUUGAA